ACAUAGGAAUUGUUCAGGAGUUUCGUAAUUUUUUUUAUUAAAAGUGAAUUGUACGUCGCUAAUAAUUUUAGUUCAGUGGCGCUAAGUGUUGUGCAUGAAUAUACAAUUUUUCUAUUGUAGUAAAUCGCUAAAAAACGACAAAUUAAGCAUAACUAAGCAAAUUUACAAAUAUCAUCUGCUAAGACGUGAAGUGAAAAAUCUAGAAGGCGAUAAGAAUUAUUCAAACUUAUUUAGAAAUAUACACCUUAAUUCAACACAGUGCGUAGUUUUCGUUAAAAUAAUAAGUGUUAUAGAUAACAAGAGUUAAAUCAAUUUCAAAUAAAAAAUUUCAUAUGUUUUAAACUUACUUAUAGUAGGCUAAAGUGGAAGUAAGUAACAAAUCGAUGUGUGUAGUGUUAAACGCAGUUGGAUCUGAGAAUUUUGGCAGCAGCCACGGAAUACUAGGAGCCAGCGUGCUCUGCUCAAACCCCCACCACGCACAGAAACCAUCGCCCAAGUUCCUCUAAAAUCUAACAAAAGACUGCAACACAUUUGGAUGAAGAGUGUUUGCAAUGAGCCGUCUUCUCGAGAAGCCCAACAUAGCGAUGUCCAUUAAGUCGUCAUCAGGUAGUCAAUUGUCCUCAAGUGCUGCAGCCGCCGGUAAUGCUACCGCAUUAAGUGUUAGCGCCAGUGAAGUAGCAGUGCAAAGUCCAACGGAAACGAUCACAAGUCCCAGCGCAGUCAUCAGUUCGAGUACAAGUAAUAAUGGAUCUCACACAAUUUUCGAUGAAGUCUUCAUAAGUUUGGUGUCCGGUUCAGCGGCUGGAGCUUUAGCGAAAACCACUAUUGCCCCUCUAGAUCGCACAAAAAUCAAUUUUCAAAUAAGUAAAAAUGUUCCCUACUCAUUUAAAGCGGCGAUCGCUUUUCUUAGGAAUACCUACGAAAAAGAGGGUAUUUUGGCGUUAUGGCGCGGCAAUUCGGCGACCAUGGCGCGUAUUGUGCCUUAUGCAGCCAUACAAUUCACAGCGCACGAGCAGUGGCGAAAGAUUCUGCAAGUCGAUAAAGAUGGUAGCGACACGAAAGGCAGACGUUUCAUAGCCGGUUCAUUGGCUGGCAUAACCUCACAGUCUCUGACUUAUCCGUUGGAUUUGGCACGCGCCCGAAUGGCCGUAACGGACAAGUACACCGGUUACAGAACGCUGCGUCAAGUUUUUGUUAAAAUUUGGGUCGAAGAAGGACCGCGCACACUCUAUCGUGGCUAUUUCGCGACCGUUUUGGGCGUGAUACCUUACGCCGGUGUUUCCUUCUUUACCUAUGGCACACUCAAACGUGAAUAUUAUGAGGUGACAGGAAAUUCGAAACCGAAUACUCUAGUCUCGCUUGCAUUUGGCGCUGUAGCCGGUGCGGCAGGUCAAACAUCCAGCUACCCACUGGACAUAGUGCGUCGGCGUAUGCAAACAAUGCGCAUCAAUAAAGGUGCCAACAAUCAAUAUCGCACUAUAUACUCGACCUUGAAGAAAAUUUAUAAGGAGGAAGGUAUUAAAAAUGGCUUCUACAAAGGGUUGAGCAUGAACUGGAUCAAGGGACCGAUCGCGGUUGGCAUCAGCUUUUCUGCCUACGAUUUGAUUAAGGAGUUGCUUAGGGAAUUAUUCCACUUGAAACGUGGCCGAUACGAUGCGUAAAUGAUGAAAUUGUUAUUGUUUAUAUUUUAAUGAUAUUUAUAUGUAUUGUUAUGUUAAAUUUUCUUACUUUUUACUUGGAAGAAAUACUAAACGGUAUACUAAGGGACGAAAAUUAUUGAAAGUGAAUAUAAAAAAAUAUAAAUCAAGCAUUACUGCUAUAUAUAUAUAUUACCGAUAAA